UAACUCAAAAAGAGACAACCCCACACGGCUCUCUUAGCCACGACCAUAACUCAAAACACAAACACAUCUUAGCGUUUUUUCUAAAAUCUGAAAAAUCGAGAAAAUGAGUUGGUGGUGGGCUGGUGCCAUCGGAGCUGCCAAGAAGAAACUCGACGACGAUGAGCCAACGCAAAGCUACGAAAGCGUUGCUCUCAUCAUCGGCGUCACAGGAAUCGUCGGAAACAGCUUGGCUGAGAUCCUCCCUCUUUCCGACACACCCGGCGGUCCUUGGAAAGUCUACGGCGUCGCUCGCCGUCCUCGCCCCAGCUGGAACGCCGAUCACCCGAUCGAUUACAUCCAGUGCGAUGUCUCCAACGCCGACGACGCAAGAUCCAAGCUUUCACCUUUAACAGACGUCACACACGUCUUCUACGUCACCUGGACCAACCGCGAAUCCGAGACCGAGAACUGCGAAGCUAACGGCUCAAUGCUCCGCAACGUCCUCCGAGCGGUUGUCCCACACGCGCCUAAUCUCCGUCACGUUUGUCUCCAGACGGGGACGAAGCACUACCUCGGACCUUUCACCAACGUCGACGGACCUCACCACGAUCCGCCGUUUACAGAGGAUAUGCCGAGAUUGCAGAUCCAGAAUUUUUACUACACUCAAGAGGAUGUUCUGUUCGAAGAGAUCAAGAAGAAGGAAGGUGUUACUUGGUCGAUACAUAGACCGAACAUGAUCUUUGGGUUCUCUCCUUACAGUUUGAUGAACAUAGUUGGGACUCUUUGUGUUUAUGCUGCCAUCUGUAAGCAUGAAGGGUCUCCGUUGAUGUUUCCUGGGAGCAAGAAGGCUUGGGAAGGGUUCAUGACGGCUUCGGACGCUGAUUUGAUUGCUGAGCAGCAGAUUUGGGCGGCGGUUGAUGAUUAUGCGAAGAACGAAGCGUUUAACUGCAACAAUGCUGACAUCUUCAAGUGGAAGCAUCUGUGGAAGAUUCUUGCUGAGCAGUUUGGGAUUGAGGAGUAUGGAUUUGAGGAAGGGAAGAAUUUGGGGUUGGUGGAGAUGAUGAAAGGGAAAGAGAGAGUGUGGGAGGAGAUGGUUAAGGAGAAUCAGUUGCUGGAGAAGAAGCUUGACGAGGUUGGUGUGUGGUGGUUUGCUGAUGUUAUACUUGGAGUUGAAGGAAUGAUUGAUAGUAUGAACAAAAGUAAGGAACAUGGCUUCCUUGGUUUUAGGAACUCCAACAACUCUUUUAUCUCUUGGAUUGAUAAGUACAAGGCUUUUAAGAUCGUUCCUUGAUUCCAAACCAAACAUACUUUGGAUAGUUCUCUCGUUUCAUGUUUUAUGCUUCUCCCAACAUCUCAGUUCGUUGUUGUCUUCUAAAAAAUGAAAUAAAAGCGUAUUCGCCCUUUUCUGUUUUUGAA